GGUAAAACAUCGUUUGUUUUUUUUGUGUUUAUCUCUUUUAUAUCUACUUGUUGUUAUAUGCGUGUUUAUGGAUGUGAAAUUUGGGCAAAAGACGGUGUUUUAAAAUUUGCGUUGAAUACGGGUUGAAACAAACAGUUAUUCCUAUGAUUUGGUCUCUUAAAAUUUAUCAUUUUUUAUUCAUUUUUACAUAUUCCUAUUGUUAUAAUGUAUGCUAUACUAUGUACCCUCCUGCUUAUAUCACUGUUUGUCACUGUUUGUUGCGCGUUCGGUGUGCUGUGCUGCGUGUUAUAUUUGUGCUUGCGAUUUAUUCUUGUUAUAUUUGUGUUCUACUAGGGAAAGCAUUACAUGUUGAGUCAGAAGAUGUUUUUUUAUAAUUCAGCAUUCUCAAGCAAUAAUAUGAUCUUUACAUU